GGAGCUACAUAGCCGAUCGAUUUGCGUCCACUUUGCAAGCAAACAAACACAAAGAACUACGACUCUCCCUUUCGCCUUUUAUACAAAAUCUGAAUACGCCCAUUACAAUAAAGGAGCAAAAUGGACGACUACUACGACGAUGCGGAGUACGACGACGACGAGUACGAUGACGCCGCGGAUGACUGGGAGGCUGAGGCGGCCGAGGAGGAGCAGAAGGUGAAGGAGGAGGAGGUAGCGCGCAAGGUGCGGGCGGAGAAGAAGCUGGCCACACGGGCUCCGGUGAAGGAGGAGGUGGAGGCCGAGGAAGCCGUGCCAGAGAAUGUGGAGCACGCCAUCACGGACAUGCGUCAGGUAGCCAACGACAUCGGCUCCGGUAGCGCCCUCCUGGGCGGCGACUCGGAGGAGCUCCUCGGCAACGCAUCCAUCGCGACGGACGAAGACGUGGACCGCGUGGGGGCGAUGAUCGCGCAGCGCCUUGUCUCGUUCGCCGAUACCGCAAACUACGACAAGUUGAUAGCAGACGUCUUCGAGCGUCUGACGAAGCAGAUGUCGAGCCCGGCGCUGCUGACGGAGGAGUCGGAUAGGGUGCACCGCCUGCGUGAGGAGCUCAGGCGUGCCGCGAAAGCGAAGCCGAAGGUGGUGGAGAAGGUCUCAGUUCAGCAGGCCGGCCUCGACUUGGAUAAUUUCGACGACAAGGGCGGCGCGCACGUCGCGGAGGAAAACGAGGACGAGACGGGCUGGUAA